AUGUAUAAUAAUUCCCCAGGCGAGGGGAGAUCGCCUCAGGAGCAGGCCAAGGAGCAACCUACAACAACGUCGACGGUUGCAGAACCACUACUGGAGCAAGUCAGCACAGAGGUCGAUAGCAAGCAAUUGAAGAUCCCUGCCAAACCCUCAAAGCCGGAUUAUCUCCCCCUCUCCUCUUUCCGGCGUCCGAAAGGACCGUCCGUGUACGCCGGCGCUGCAGCAGCAGAUGAUGUGGCUAAGGGGUUGUUGGUUAGUGAUGCAAUGCACGAUAUGACGUUUUAUACAGAGGUGAGCAAGUCCCUUCCUGAUGCCGGGCAACCUGUGUUAAACUCUGUUUUUUUUAGUCAACGACACAUUGUUAAUGACAGUCCUUCAAUUGAGGAGGAAAUCGCGCAAAUUGACAGUAAUAUUAGACUAUGGCGGUCUUCACGCCUACAGCAGGUGCUAACAAAAUACGACCAUGACAAAACACAGCAUGAGUUAGACAAGGAGGUUUCUGCGAGGAUUCGGAAAAAGGAAGAAAACGAACGCAACCGCACCCUACGCCGCAUUGACCGCAUGCUCGAUACUCUCUUGCCAAAAGUGCAGGAGACUAUUGACCGAAUAUCAAAGGAAAAAUAUGAACACAUAAGUGCCAAAACGCGCGAAACGUUGGAUAUUAAAGACAAACAGCGCAGUGAAACUCACAGACAAGUUCUGAGGGAUAUGCACGCCAAACAGCGCCAACGGCUUGUUGAGAGGCAGUAUCAGAAAAAUAUACAAGAAAGAAUAGCACUUGACACAAAGCAUUACUUCAGUUACAUGGAAAUCAUGGUAGACCUGCGAAGGUCAUACCUUCUACUGCAAGAGGCGUUUCAUGAACUAAAGAAGGUAGUUGGCGUGGUUGAAGAUGAAGGCAAAUUACGCCAACGAAUGGAAAAAAAUGAACAAAUCAACAGAGGUGACAUCCUUCAAGAAAUGGAGAGAAGGACGAUAUACCUCAAAGCUAAGGAGGCACGCAUCAGCAGUGCCCAAACGCCACUAACUGAAACAAUUAGUAAAAAACAAACAUGUAAAGAAGCAAAUCAAAAAAGGCAAUCACUGCCUCAAAACACCAAAAUACUUGACCCGAAAAAAAGUUUUGCUCACGCUCAUGAAACAGCCGAGCAGCAGCAGUGGCACCAACCACAACUAAAAAAACAGGACUCGACCACAAACCAAGAUCCCCAAGAAGUUCAACUCCCAAAAGAAAAUAAACCACAAAAAGAAAAAUUAAAAACAAACGAUCAUCAAGAAGAAAUCACACAAGAAAACAAAAAAAAGGAGCGUGAACAUACAGAGAAAAUUGCAUUCAAAAAGCUUGAACCUGAAGAUCAAAAGGAGCUUGACAUUGCGCAGCCUGAGGUGAUUCAGACACUUGAACCUGAAGAUCAAAAGGAGCUUGACAUUGCGCAGCCUGAGGUGAUUCAGACACUCGAGCCUGAAGAUCAAAAGGAGCUUGACAUUGCGCAGCCUGAGGUGAUUCAGACACUUGAGCCUGAAGAUCAAAAGGAGCUUGACAUUGCGCAGCCUGAGGUGAUUCAGACACUUGAGCCUGAAGAUCAAAAGGAGCUUGACAUUGCGCAGCCUGAGGUGAUUCAGACACUCGAGCCUGAAGAUCAAAAGGAGCUUGACAUUGCGCAGCCUGAGGUGAUUCAGACACUUGAGCCUGAAGAUCAAAAGGAGCUUGACAUUGCGCAGCCUGAGGUGAUUCAGACACUUGAGCCUGAAGAUCAAAAGGAGCUUGACAUUGCGCAGCCUGAGGUGAUUCAGACACUUGAGCCUGAAGAUCAAAAGGAGCUUGAAAUUGCGCAGCCUGAGGUGAUUCAGACACUUGAGCCUGAAGAUCAAAAGGAGCUUGACAUUGCGCAGCCUGAGGUGAUUCAGACACUUGAGCCUGAAGAUCAAAAGGAGCUUGACAUUGCGCAGCCUGAGGUGAUUCAGACACCCGAGCCUGAAGAUCAAAAGGAGCUUGACAUUGCGCAGCCUGAGGUGAUUCAGACACUUGAACCUGAGGAUCAAAAGGAGCUUGACAUUGCGCAGCCUGAGGUCAUUCAGACACUCGAGCCUGAAGAUCAAAAGGAGCUUGACAUUGCGCAGCCUGAGGUGAUUCAGACACUUGAGCCUGAAGAUCAAAAGGAGCUUGACAUUGCGCAGCCUGAGGUGAUUCAGACACCCGAGCCUGAAGAUCAAAAGGAGCUUGACAUUGCGCAGCCUGAGGUGAUUCAGACACUUGAGCCUGAAGAUCAAAAGGAGCUUGACAUUGCGCAGCUUGAGGUGAUUCAGACACUUGAGCCUGAAGAUCAAAAGGAGCUUGACAUUGCGCAGCCUGAGGUGAUUCAGACACUUGAGCCUGAAGAUCAAAAGGAGCUUGACAUUGCGCAGCCUGAGGUGAUUCAGACACUUGAGCCUGAAGAUCAAAAGGAGCUUGACAUUGCGCAGCCUGAGGUGAUUCAGACACUUGAGCCUGAAGAUCAAAAGGAGCUUGACAUUGCGCAGCCUGAGGUGAUUCAGACACUUGAGCCUGAAGAUCAAAAGGAGCUUGACAUUGCGCAGCCUGAGGUGAUUCAGACACUUGAGCCGGAAGAUCAAAAGGAGCUUGACAUUGCGCAGCCUGAGGUGAUUCAGACACUCGAGCCUGAAGAUCAAAAGGAGCUUGACAUUGCGCAGCCUGAGGUGAUUCAGACACUUGAACCUGAAGAUCAAAAGGAGCUUGACAUUGCGCAGCCUGAGGUGAUUCAGACACUCGAGCCUGAAGAUCAAAAGGAGCUUGACAUUGCGCAGCCUGAGGUGAUUCAGACACUUGAGCCUGAAGAUCAAAAGGAGCUUGAAAUUGCGCAGCCUGAGGUGAUUCAGACACUUGAGCCUGAAGAUCAAAAGGAGCUUGACAUUGCGCAGCCUGAGGUGAUUCAGACACUCGAGCCUGAAGAUCAAAAGGAGCUUGACAUUGCGCAGCCUGAGGUGAUUCAGACACCCGAGCCUGAAGAUCAAAAGGAGCUUGACAUUGCGCAGCCUGAGGUGAUUCAGACACUUGAGCCUGAAGAUCAAAAGGAGCUUGACAUUGCGCAGCCUGAGGUGAUUCAGACACUCGAGCCUGAAGAUCAAAAGGAGCUUGACAUUGCGCAGCCUGAGGUGAUUCAGACACCCGAGCCUGAAGAUCAAAAGGAGCUUGACAUUGCGCAGCCUGAGGUGAUUCAGACACUUGAACCUGAGGAUCAAAAGGAGCUUGACAUUGCGCAGCCUGAGGUCAUUCAGACACUCGAGCCUGAAGAUCAAAAGGAGCUUGACAUUGCGCAGCCUGAGGUGAUUCAGACACUUGAGCCUGAAGAUCAAAAGGAGCUUGACAUUGCGCAGCCUGAGGUGAUUCAGACACUCGAGCCUGAAGAUCAAAAGGAGCUUGACAUUGCGCAGCUUGAGGUGAUUCAGACACUUGAGCCUGAAGAUCAAAAGGAGCUUGACAUUGCGCAGCCUGAGGCAGCGGCACCUGAGGGUGACAUAGCAGUGGAAGCAGUUGAAGAGCUUGAAGAGCCACAGCAAGUUCCUGCAGAAGCACAACCUGAGGCACAACCUGAGGGUGACAUAGCAGUGGAAGCACUUGAAGAGCUUGAAGAGCCACAGCAAGUUCCUGCAGAAGCACAACCUGAGGCACAACCUGAGGCAGCGGCACCUGAGGGUGACAUAGCAGUGGAAGCAGUUGAAGAGCUUGAAGAGCCACAGCAAGUUCCUGCAGAAGCACAACCUGAGGCACAACCUGAGGCAGCGGCACCUGAGGGUGACAUAGCAGUGGAAGCACUUGAAGAGCUUGAAGAGCCACAGCAAGUUCCUGCAGAAGCACAACCUGAGGCACAACCUGAGGGUGACAUAGCAGUGGAAGCAGUUGAAGAGCUUGAAGAGCCACAGCAAGUUCCUGCAGAAGCACAACCUGAGGCACAACCUGAGGCAGCGGCACCUGAGGGUGACAUAGCAGUGGAAGCACUUGAAGAGCUUGAAGAGCCACAGCAAGUUCCUGCAGAAGCACAACCUGAGGCACAACCUGAGGCAGCGGCACCUGAGGGUGACAUAGCAGUGGAAGCACUUGAAGAGCUUGAAGAGCCACAGCAAGUUCCUGCAGAAGCACAACCUGAGGCACAACCUGAGGGUGACAUAGCAGUGGAAGCAGUUGAAGAGCUUGAAGAGCCACAGCAAGUUCCUGCAGAAGCACAACCUGAGGCACAACCUGAGGCAGCGGCACCUGAGGGUGACAUAGCAGUGGAAGCACUUGAAGAGCUUGAAGAACCACAGCAAGUUCCUGCAGAAGCACAACCUGAGGCACAACCUGAGGCAGCGGCACCUGAGGGUGACAUAGCAGUGGAAGCACUUGAAGAGCUUGAAGAGCCACAGCAAGUUCCUGCAGAAGCACAACCUGAGGCACAACCUGAGGGUGACAUAGCAGUGGAAGCAGUUGAAGAGCUUGAAGAGCCACAGCAAGUUCCUGCAGAAGCACAACCUGAGGCACAACCUGAGGCAGCGGCACCUGAGGGUGACAUAGCAGUGGAAGCACUUGAAGAGCUUGAAGAACCACAGCAAGUUCCUGCAGAAGCACAACCUGAGGCACAACCUGAGGCAGCGGCACCUGAGGGUGACAUAGCAGUGGAAGCACUUGAAGAGCUUGAAGAGCCACAGCAAGUUCCUGCAGAAGCACAACCUGAGGCACAACCUGAGGCAGCGGCACCUGAGGGUGACAUAGCAGUGGAAGCACUUGAAGAGCUUGAAGAGCCACAGCAAGUUCCUGCAGAAGCACAACCUGAGGCAGCGGCACCUGAGGGUGACAUAGCAGUGGAAGCACUUGAAGAGCUUGAAGAACCACAGCAAGUUCCUGCAGAAGCACAACCUGAGGCAGCGAACCUGAGGGUGACAUAG